AUGAAAAGCUACAUCCCCAGCCUCGCGGGCCUGCUAGCCCUAAGUCUCUUCCAGCCCGCUCUCGCCAGAUACGCAUCCCAUACGAGACUCCCACAAUACGACAACUACCCAUCCAUAGAGGAACACGACUCCUAUGAGAUAUAUUGUCCAGUACCAUGUCUAGACUCCGGCCCGCACAGCUCCUCAUGGACCCCCGGUUUAACCCUCGACGACCUCCGCCACUGCGACAGCCCAGUCCUCUUCGACGCCCCGCUCAACGCCCGCAUUGACGCGCGAAAUAAGUCCAUCCACGCCUGUGCUUCGGAUACAAACGACAUGAUGAGUGGUACUAACUUCAACUACGAUACUCCCACCGUCACGGUCGCGGUUGAUCUCGAAGUCGGCUGGUGGGGGGGUCUGGAGGGCCGCGGCGCGAGAUCAACGGUUCAGAUCAGGAACGCUGCGCGCGAGUUACAGCAGUAUCUAAAUCUCCUGGGUGAGUCUGCUUCGAGCGAGGCAGGAGAGACGGUUGUCUUUGCGAAGUCGAAACAGUCUAUCGUUGGUCUGUAUCUCGGUCGUGAUAUCGCGAAGGGCUCGGCUGGGCCGUUGAUUAGGCAGUUGAUCGAGUUUAUGAAACGCAGGGCUGCACCCUCGGAUGUUGCUAUGCAGGUUUGUUGGCCUGGGGGGAGGACUUUUGGGAUUGUUGCCAGUGCGUCGGGGGAUAUUGGGUUCGUGCAGGAUGGGCUUAGGACUUGGGCGAGGGGGAAGUGUCUUACGGGAUUCAAUGGGGACGACCUCAUGUCCGGCCAGAUGGAGAUAUUCCGUCUAGGCCCUGGGUAUGGUGCGGGCAGGCAGAAUACACUGGGUAAAGCAUGA